GUAGUCAGUCGUUACAGUUCAGAAUAAGCCGUUUUCGGCACUGGCAUAUUCACCGUUGGAAAGGUCAUGCUAUCGCCAAAACGUCGUUCUCUGGUUUCACACCUACCAUAGUCUCCUAUCGUCAUGAAAAUAAUGUUGCCUGGCAAACUGUUCAUCCGAUCUGCAAACUACAUUAUGGAUCAGUCUCGAAAAUUAGUACCUGAUCUGCCGUACAUUGUUCGGAGCGUCUUAAGAACAUGGAAAAGUUUGGAAGCAAAGUUUCCUGACACUGGUGUUUAUUACUAUCUUGGAUUGGAAGCCAACUUACUGAGACUUUGUUCGCCUAAUAAUCAAACAGACUAGCCAAAUCGCGUAUUAAUGAUCCUGAAGAAAGAAUAUACUUGGCUCCUAUACAGAGUCUGCCUUCAAAAACAUUGGUUUGGGACACAAAGGCCUUUAUUAUUUUUUCUACACAAAUAUUUCCUGGUCAAAUACACUUAUCAAAAGUAUCCAAUCACAGAUAUUAACGUGCUUCUUAUUAUAUUGGGGUCAGUCAUAGUUAAGCUCAAGAAGUCCUAUAUUACAAGCCAAUGUUAAGUGCUAAACUACGCUUUCUACGUGGAUUGGCUCCUGUCAGCUUUGAUGACUCGAUUCUACAAUGUUCUACUUUGCAAAAUAAGUUUGAAGUGCCAAAAAAUUUCCAGUCAAGUUUUCUUACCUCAGAAAAAUUAUAUUCUCAACAUUUUCUACACUUACACGAAGCAUAUCUCAAUAGAUUUCCACUCACUGUUGCUAAUCCAGCUGUUACCCAAUUAGUCACUUGUAAGGGCUCUACUUUCGUGUGUCAUAAUAAGCCCAUAGAAACAAAAAACCAAAGUUGUCAGACUGAAACACCUUAUACCGAAACAAACUUAGAAACUUUGUCUACAAAAGUAGACCAAAUCUUUCACAAGUUAAACUGUCAUGCAGUGAAAUCUAUUUCAGAAAGCAAGAUAAAACACUUCCCCAAAUUGUGGUUGGAUUUAGGUGAAUUGAACUAUUCACCAGCACAAUAUAAUCUAGGUGUAUGGUAUGAAAUACAAGCAUCUGAGUGUCUGUCUGUUCAAGAUGAUCUGAAACGUCAUUAUAACAAACAAGCUGGUCAUUGGUACAGUUGUGCUGUUCGGGGAGAUUCCCAUCCACUGGCUGCCUACAAUUUAGCAUGUCUUAUUCUGGAUUCUGAAGAGCCCAUAAUCCAUUCAAACUCAUCAGAUAAACCUUUCACAUUUACAGUCACAAACCUAAUGAAACUGGCCGCUGAUGGUAAUGUCAAACAGGCAAAGAAAUACUUAUCGGAACAAAGUGUUACAAAUACAUAAUUGAUUGGCCGGUUGUUUGAAAAUUCCUAUUUUUUUCUAUCGUUAUUUUAUUUUGAAAGCAUUUACACUAAAAAGUGCAUUUCAUGACAACUUUUUUAACAAUCGUCUUUUUACUUUAGUAUUUUUCAUAUCCCUCAUUAUUACUUUGAAAUCUUAAUAUAAAAGACAACUAGAGG